AUGACGGCCGCUCUCAUGACGGCCGCUCUCAUGACGGCCGCUCUCAUGACGGCCGCUCUCAUGACGGCCGCUCUCAUGACGGCCGCUCUCAUGACGGCCGCUCUCAUGACGGCCGCUCUCAUGACGGCCGCUCUCAUGACGGCCGCUCUCAUGACGGCCGCUCUCAUGACGGCCGCUCUCAUGACGGCCGCUCUCAUGACGGCCGCUCUCAUGACGGCCGCUCUCAUGACGGCCGCUCUCAUGACGGCCGCUCUCAUGACGGCCGCUCUCAUGACGGCCGCUCUCAUGACGGCCGCUCUCAUGACGGCCGCUCUCAUGACGGCCGCUCUCAUGACGGCCGCUCUCAUGACGGCCGCUCUCAUGACGGCCGCUCUCAUGACGGCCGCUCUCAUGACGGCCGCUCUCAUGACGGCCGCUCUCAUGACGGCCGCUCUCAUGACGGCCGCUCUCAUGACGGCCGCUCUCAUGACGGCCGCUCUCAUGACGGCCGCUCUCAUGACGGCCGCUCUCAUGACGGCCGCUCUCAUGACGGCCGCUCUCAUGACGGCCGCUCUCAUGACGGCCGCUCUCAUGACGGCCGCUCUCAUGACGGCCGCUCUCAUGACGGCCGCUCUCAUGACGGCCGCUCUCAUGACGGCCGCUCUCAUGACGGCCGCUCUCAUGACGGCCGCUCUCAUGACGGCCGCUCUCAUGACGGCCGCUCUCAUGACGGCCGCUCUCAUGACGGCCGCUCUCAUGACGGCCGCUCUCAUGACGGCCGCUCUCAUGACGGCCGCUCUCAUGACGGCCGCUCUCAUGACGGCCGCUCUCAUGACGGCCGCUCUCAUGACGGCCGCUCUCAUGACGGCCGCUCUCAUGACGGCCGCUCUCAUGACGGCCGCUCUCAUGACGGCCGCUCUCAUGACGGCCGCUCUCAUGACGGCCGCUCUCAUGACGGCCGCUCUCAUGACGGCCGCUCUCAUGACGGCCGCUCUCAUGACGGCCGCUCUCAUGACGGCCGCUCUCAUGACGGCCGCUCUCAUGACGGCCGCUCUCAUGACGGCCGCUCUCAUGACGGCCGCUCUCAUGACGGCCGCUCUCAUGACGGCCGCUCUCAUGACGGCCGCUCUCAUGACGGCCGCUCUCAUGACGGCCGCUCUCAUGACGGCCGCUCUCAUGACGGCCGCUCUCAUGACGGCCGCUCUCAUGACGGCCGCUCUCAUGACGGCCGCUCUCAUGACGGCCGCUCUCAUGACGGCCGCUCUCAUGACGGCCGCUCUCAUGACGGCCGCUCUCAUGACGGCCGCUCUCAUGACGGCCGCUCUCAUGACGGCCGCUCUCAUGACGGCCGCUCUCAUGACGGCCGCUCUCAUGACGGCCGCUCUCAUGACGGCCGCUCUCAUGACGGCCGCUCUCAUGACGGCCGCUCUCAUGACGGCCGCUCUCAUGACGGCCGCUCUCAUGACGGCCGCUCUCAUGACGGCCGCUCUCAUGACGGCCGCUCUCAUGACGGCCGCUCUCAUGACGGCCGCUCUCAUGACGGCCGCUCUCAUGACGGCCGCUCUCAUGACGGCCGCUCUCAUGACGGCCGCUCUCAUGACGGCCGCUCUCAUGACGGCCGCUCUCAUGACGGCCGCUCUCAUGACGGCCGCUCUCAUGACGGCCGCUCUCAUGACGGCCGCUCUCAUGACGGCCGCUCUCAUGACGGCCGCUCUCAUGACGGCCGCUCUCAUGACGGCCGCUCUCAUGACGGCCGCUCUCAUGACGGCCGCUCUCAUGACGGCCGCUCUCAUGACGGCCGCUCUCAUGACGGCCGCUCUCAUGACGGCCGCUCUCAUGACGGCCGCUCUCAUGACGGCCGCUCUCAUGACGGCCGCUCUCAUGACGGCCGCUCUCAUGACGGCCGCUCUCAUGACGGCCGCUCUCAUGACGGCCGCUCUCAUGACGGCCGCUCUCAUGACGGCCGCUCUCAUGACGGCCGCUCUCAUGACGGCCGCUCUCAUGACGGCCGCUCUCAUGACGGCCGCUCUCAUGACGGCCGCUCUCAUGACGGCCGCUCUCAUGACGGCCGCUCUCAUGACGGCCGCUCUCAUGACGGCCGCUCUCAUGACGGCCGCUCUCAUGACGGCCGCUCUCAUGACGGCCGCUCUCAUGACGGCCGCUCUCAUGACGGCCGCUCUCAUGACGGCCGCUCUCAUGACGGCCGCUCUCAUGACGGCCGCUCUCAUGACGGCCGCUCUCAUGACGGCCGCUCUCAUGACGGCCGCUCUCAUGACGGCCGCUCUCAUGACGGCCGCUCUCAUGACGGCCGCUCUCAUGACGGCCGCUCUCAUGACGGCCGCUCUCAUGACGGCCGCUCUCAUGACGGCCGCUCUCAUGACGGCCGCUCUCAUGACGGCCGCUCUCAUGACGGCCGCUCUCAUGACGGCCGCUCUCAUGACGGCCGCUCUCAUGACGGCCGCUCUCAUGACGGCCGCUCUCAUGACGGCCGCUCUCAUGACGGCCGCUCUCAUGACGGCCGCUCUCAUGACGGCCGCUCUCAUGACGGCCGCUCUCAUGACGGCCGCUCUCAUGACGGCCGCUCUCAUGACGGCCGCUCUCAUGACGGCCGCUCUCAUGACGGCCGCUCUCAUGACGGCCGCUCUCAUGACGGCCGCUCUCAUGACGGCCGCUCUCAUGACGGCCGCUCUCAUGACGGCCGCUCUCAUGACGGCCGCUCUCAUGACGGCCGCUCUCAUGACGGCCGCUCUCAUGACGGCCGCUCUCAUGACGGCCGCUCUCAUGACGGCCGCUCUCAUGACGGCCGCUCUCAUGACGGCCGCUCUCAUGACGGCCGCUCUCAUGACGGCCGCUCUCAUGACGGCCGCUCUCAUGACGGCCGCUCUCAUGACGGCCGCUCUCAUGACGGCCGCUCUCAUGACGGCCGCUCUCAUGACGGCCGCUCUCAUGACGGCCGCUCUCAUGACGGCCGCUCUCAUGACGGCCGCUCUCAUGACGGCCGCUCUCAUGACGGCCGCUCUCAUGACGGCCGCUCUCAUGACGGCCGCUCUCAUGACGGCCGCUCUCAUGACGGCCGCUCUCAUGACGGCCGCUCUCAUGACGGCCGCUCUCAUGACGGCCGCUCUCAUGACGGCCGCUCUCAUGACGGCCGCUCUCAUGACGGCCGCUCUCAUGACGGCCGCUCUCAUGACGGCCGCUCUCAUGACGGCCGCUCUCAUGACGGCCGCUCUCAUGACGGCCGCUCUCAUGACGGCCGCUCUCAUGACGGCCGCUCUCAUGACGGCCGCUCUCAUGACGGCCGCUCUCAUGACGGCCGCUCUCAUGACGGCCGCUCUCAUGACGGCCGCUCUCAUGACGGCCGCUCUCAUGACGGCCGCUCUCAUGACGGCCGCUCUCAUGACGGCCGCUCUCAUGACGGCCGCUCUCAUGACGGCCGCUCUCAUGACGGCCGCUCUCAUGACGGCCGCUCUCAUGACGGCCGCUCUCAUGACGGCCGCUCUCAUGACGGCCGCUCUCAUGACGGCCGCUCUCAUGACGGCCGCUCUCAUGACGGCCGCUCUCAUGACGGCCGCUCUCAUGACGGCCGCUCUCAUGACGGCCGCUCUCAUGACGGCCGCUCUCAUGACGGCCGCUCUCAUGACGGCCGCUCUCAUGACGGCCGCUCUCAUGACGGCCGCUCUCAUGACGGCCGCUCUCAUGACGGCCGCUCUCAUGACGGCCGCUCUCAUGACGGCCGCUCUCAUGACGGCCGCUCUCAUGACGGCCGCUCUCAUGACGGCCGCUCUCAUGACGGCCGCUCUCAUGACGGCCGCUCUCAUGACGGCCGCUCUCAUGACGGCCGCUCUCAUGACGGCCGCUCUCAUGACGGCCGCUCUCAUGACGGCCGCUCUCAUGACGGCCGCUCUCAUGACGGCCGCUCUCAUGACGGCCGCUCUCAUGACGGCCGCUCUCAUGACGGCCGCUCUCAUGACGGCCGCUCUCAUGACGGCCGCUCUCAUGACGGCCGCUCUCAUGACGGCCGCUCUCAUGACGGCCGCUCUCAUGACGGCCGCUCUCAUGACGGCCGCUCUCAUGACGGCCGCUCUCAUGACGGCCGCUCUCAUGACGGCCGCUCUCAUGACGGCCGCUCUCAUGACGGCCGCUCUCAUGACGGCCGCUCUCAUGACGGCCGCUCUCAUGACGGCCGCUCUCAUGACGGCCGCUCUCAUGACGGCCGCUCUCAUGACGGCCGCUCUCAUGACGGCCGCUCUCAUGACGGCCGCUCUCAUGACGGCCGCUCUCAUGACGGCCGCUCUCAUGACGGCCGCUCUCAUGACGGCCGCUCUCAUGACGGCCGCUCUCAUGACGGCCGCUCUCAUGACGGCCGCUCUCAUGACGGCCGCUCUCAUGACGGCCGCUCUCAUGACGGCCGCUCUCAUGACGGCCGCUCUCAUGACGGCCGCUCUCAUGACGGCCGCUCUCAUGACGGCCGCUCUCAUGACGGCCGCUCUCAUGACGGCCGCUCUCAUGACGGCCGCUCUCAUGACGGCCGCUCUCAUGACGGCCGCUCUCAUGACGGCCGCUCUCAUGACGGCCGCUCUCAUGACGGCCGCUCUCAUGACGGCCGCUCUCAUGACGGCCGCUCUCAUGACGGCCGCUCUCAUGACGGCCGCUCUCAUGACGGCCGCUCUCAUGACGGCCGCUCUCAUGACGGCCGCUCUCAUGACGGCCGCUCUCAUGACGGCCGCUCUCAUGACGGCCGCUCUCAUGACGGCCGCUCUCAUGACGGCCGCUCUCAUGACGGCCGCUCUCAUGACGGCCGCUCUCAUGACGGCCGCUCUCAUGACGGCCGCUCUCAUGACGGCCGCUCUCAUGACGGCCGCUCUCAUGACGGCCGCUCUCAUGACGGCCGCUCUCAUGACGGCCGCUCUCAUGACGGCCGCUCUCAUGACGGCCGCUCUCAUGACGGCCGCUCUCAUGACGGCCGCUCUCAUGACGGCCGCUCUCAUGACGGCCGCUCUCAUGACGGCCGCUCUCAUGACGGCCGCUCUCAUGACGGCCGCUCUCAUGACGGCCGCUCUCAUGACGGCCGCUCUCAUGACGGCCGCUCUCAUGACGGCCGCUCUCAUGACGGCCGCUCUCAUGACGGCCGCUCUCAUGACGGCCGCUCUCAUGACGGCCGCUCUCAUGACGGCCGCUCUCAUGACGGCCGCUCUCAUGACGGCCGCUCUCAUGACGGCCGCUCUCAUGACGGCCGCUCUCAUGACGGCCGCUCUCAUGACGGCCGCUCUCAUGACGGCCGCUCUCAUGACGGCCGCUCUCAUGACGGCCGCUCUCAUGACGGCCGCUCUCAUGACGGCCGCUCUCAUGACGGCCGCUCUCAUGACGGCCGCUCUCAUGACGGCCGCUCUCAUGACGGCCGCUCUCAUGACGGCCGCUCUCAUGACGGCCGCUCUCAUGACGGCCGCUCUCAUGACGGCCGCUCUCAUGACGGCCGCUCUCAUGACGGCCGCUCUCAUGACGGCCGCUCUCAUGACGGCCGCUCUCAUGACGGCCGCUCUCAUGACGGCCGCUCUCAUGACGGCCGCUCUCAUGACGGCCGCUCUCAUGACGGCCGCUCUCAUGACGGCCGCUCUCAUGACGGCCGCUCUCAUGACGGCCGCUCUCAUGACGGCCGCUCUCAUGACGGCCGCUCUCAUGACGGCCGCUCUCAUGACUCUCUCCCUGGCGGAACAGCUGGCGCAGAUGCAGACGAAUGAAGCCAGUGGGUUUGGAUCGAGCAGUGAUGGUGGUGGGAGGGGUGGCAGUAGUGGUGGGAUUGGUGCGGUUGGGAGUGGUGGGAGUGGGGGUGAAGGGCACCCCUCUCCACCCAUCCUGCCGUCCAUCGCACCGCUCGUCACCACAUUCGAGGAGCACCAGCACCCAGCAGUGUUGGAGGUGCUAGCGUUGGUUCUCGAGCUCAAUGCUUCUGCAGCGUCUGCUGGCGGUGCUGCUGGGGACCUGUCUCUCUGUCACUCCGCCCUGCAGGCGUGCUCCAUCAGUGCAUUCUCGCUCAUUCAGGUCAGCCUCUUGUCUCCCUUCACCUCGUUCGCCACGCGAGGAGCACCAGCACCCAGCAGUGUUGGAGGUGAGCCUGUCUCAGGUGAGCCUGUCUCAGGUGAGCCUGUAUCAGAUGAGCCUGUAUCAGAUGAGCCUGUCUCAGGUGAGCCUGUCUCAGGUGAGCCUGUCUCAGGUGAGCCUGUCUCAGGUGAGCCUGUCUCAGGUGAGCCUGUCUCAGGUGAGCCUGUCUCAGGUGAGCCUGUCUCAGGUGAGCCUGUCUCAGGUGAGCCUGUCUCAGGUGAGCCUGUCUCAGGUGAGCCUGUCUCAGGUGAGCCUGUCUCAGGUGAGCCUGUCUCAGGUGAGCCUGUCUCAGGUGAGCCUGUCUCAGGUGAGCCUGUCUCAGGUGAGCCUGUCUCAGGUGAGCCUGUCUCAGGUGAGCCUGUCUCAGGUGAGCCUGUCUCAGGUGAGCCUGUCUCAGGUGAGCCUGUCUCAGGUGAGCCUGUCUCAGGUGAGCCUGUCUCAGGUGAGCCUGUCUCAGGUGAGCCUGUCUCAGGUGAGCCUGUCUCAGGUGAGCCUGUCUCAGGUGAGCCUGUCUCAGGUGAGCCUGUCUCAGGUGAGCCUGUCUCAGGUGAGCCUGUCUCAGGUGAGCCUGUCUCAGGUGAGCCUGUCUCAGGUGAGCCUGUCUCAGGUGAGCCUGUCUCAGGUGAGCCUGUCUCAGGUGAGCCUGUCUCAGGUGAGCCUGUCUCAGGUGAGCCUGUCUCAGGUGAGCCUGUCUCAGGUGAGCCUGUCUCAGGUGAGCCUGUCUCAGGUGAGCCUGUCUCAGGUGAGCCUGUCUCAGGUGAGCCUGUCUCAGGUGAGCCUGUCUCAGGUGAGCCUGUCUCAGGUGAGCCUGUCUCAGGUGAGCCUGUCUCAGGUGAGCCUGUCUCAGGUGAGCCUGUCUCAGGUGAGCCUGUCUCAGGUGAGCCUGUCUCAGGUGAGCCUGUCCCAGGUGCGCCUGUCCCAGGUGCGCCUGUCCCAGGUGCGCCUGUCCCAGGUGCGCCUGUCCCAGGUGCGCCUGUCCCAGGUGAGCCUGUCUCAGGUGAGCCUGUCUCAGGUGAGCCUGUCUCAGGUGAGCCUGUCUCAGGUGAGCCUGUCUCAGGUGAGCCUGUCUCAGGUGAGCCUGUCUCAGGUGAGCCUGUCUCAGGUGAGCCUGUCUCAGGUGAGCCUGUCUCAGGUGAGCCUGUCUCAGGUGAGCCUGUCUCAGGUGAGCCUGUCUCAGGUGAGCCUGUCUCAGGUGAGCCUGUCUCAGGUGAGCCUGUCUCAGGUGAGCCUGUCUCAGGUGAGCCUGUCUCAGGUGAGCCUGUCUCAGGUGAGUCAGGUGAGCCUGUCUCAGGUGAGCCUGUCUCAGGUGAGCCUGUCUCAGGUGAGCCUGUCUCAGGUGAGCCUGUCUCAGGUGAGCCUGUCUCAGGUGAGCCUGUCUCAGGUGAGCCUGUCUCAGGUGAGCCUGUCUCAGGUGAGCCUGUCUCAGAUGAGCCUGUCUCAGGUGAGCCUGUCUCAGGUGAGCCUGUCUCAGGUGAGCCUGUCUCAGGUGAGCCUGUCUCAGAUGAGCCUGUCUCAGAUGAGCCUGUCUCAGAUGAGCCUGUCUCAGAUGAGCCUGUCUCAGGUGAGCCUGUCUCAGGUGAGCCUGUCUCAGGUGAGCCUGUCUCGGAUGAGCCUGUCUCGGAUGAGCCUGUCUCGGAUGAGCCUGUCUCGGAUGAGCCUGUCUCGGAUGAGCCUGUCUCGGAUGAGCCUGUCUCGGAUGAGCCUGUCUCGGAUGAGCCUGUCUCGGGUGAGCCUGUCUCAGGUGAGCCUGUCUCAGGUGAGCCUGUCUCAGGUGAGCCUGUCUCAGGUGAGCCUGUCUCAGGUGAGCCUGUCUCAGGUGAGCCUGUCUCAGGUGAGCCUGUCUCAGAUGAGCCUGUCUCAGAUGAGCCUGUCUCAGAUGAGCCUGUCUCAGAUGAGCCUGUCUCAGUGCAUUCUCUGUCAAGCAUGCGAGCAGCGCCAGAACCUGGCCGUGUUAGAGAGGUGCUGGCAUUGGUGCUCGAGCUCCAUGCCGCUGCCGCGUCUGCUGGGAGUGCUGGCGGUGCUGCUGGUGCUUCUGGUAAUGGUACUGCUGCUGGCGAUCUGUCUUCCUGUCACUCCGCACUGCAAGCAUGCUCCAACAGUGCAUUCUCGCUCAUUCAGAGAGGUCAUCUCCCCCAUCGACCAGAGGUCCUAUCAGCGCUCUUCGACAUGGCCUACCGCUACCUGCUCUUCGCGCCGCACCUGCUGCUGCAGGCGCCCUUCCUGGGGGCACUGCUGGACGCCGCUGCAGCCACCAUGGCACACGGGGAGAGGGAAUCUGCUAAAUCAGCGCUCACGCUGCUCUGCUUCCUGCUGUCACCGGGCAAGAAAGCACUUUCCUCGCCCACCUGGAUCAGUGCCCAACCCGUGAUUAUAACAAGUCUACAGCACCAGGGCCAAUCAGUCGUCUCCUCCCUCCUCCUAGCAGCAGCAGGAAAAGCCCCCCGGGAUCUACUCAGACCCAUCGCCACCGCUCUCCACCACCUCAUCCUUCUCCCCGACCUCCACCCGCUCCUCCCCAACUGGCUGGUUACCACGUUACGUUCACCGGACUUCCAGAGGGGGGUGCCAGAGGCGGUGGGGGAGGGGGAGAUGCAGCUGUUCUGUGAGUUGGUGUUGAGGCAGCCGCCAUUGCCAAGGCAGCGGUUUGAAGCUCUGUUUCCAACAUUUCCACUCGACCUAAUUCGCCCCCUUGCCUCAACAAUCGAACUGCUUUCCCCCAUGGCUGCAAAUUCGGUCUGCGCGUUCUCUCUGCUUGUCCUCGCGCUCCUGGGCCUGUCACUGACCGCUGACGCGGCUCGCCCGUACUGCCGCUUCGAUGGGAAGCUGGUGCUGAGCAACCUGAUGAGGGAGCUGCGGGCCGCCAAGAACUACACCACCUUUCUCGACGGACUCAAAACAACAGGGCUGGACGAGGACCUGCCGGACCUGUUCCGCUGCUACGAGGCGACCGUCUUCGCUCCCAUGGACGCCGCCUUCGCCAACCUUUCGAGCGACAUCAAAUCGGCGCUUUGCGAAAGGAAGGUGCUUCGCGAGGUGCUGCUGCUGCACGUCGUCAAGGGCAAGGUCAACGGCGCCACGCUAGCUGGGCAGAAGGAGGGGCAGGAGUACAUGGCCGCGGCUGAUUCGUGCAAGGCGCAGCUGGUGAAGGUCUCAGCUGCCGGAGUCAAGCCCGUUCAGCUCAAGGCUGCGGACGGUGCGGACGAAGCUUCCGUGGUGGCUCCUGACGUCAUUGCGCUGCGAGUGGUGCAGGUGCAUGGCGUGGAUGACGUCAUCCUGCCCAAGACUCUGAGCAAGGGCGACGACGACAGCCUCAAGCCCCGCAAAUGCACCGCCUGGGUCGCUUAG